AUGGCUGAAAUUGGAAAUGGGCCUACCCCCCAGGUGCCAGUCAGCCUGGAAACAAUUUUCCCCCAACCGGAGAUUCCAUAUCCUCAACCGGAAGAGACCACCGAGACUGUCAAAGGAGGAUCUACCCCCCAGGUACCAGUGACACCCGAGACAGCUACCCCUGCCCCAAAGACCCCAUACCCUCAACCGGAAGAGACAACCGGAAGCUUCGAAGGAGGGCCCACCCCCCAGGUGCCAGUCAGCCCGGAAACAACUUUCCCCCAACCGGAGACUCCAUAUCCUCAACCGGAAGAGACCACCGAGACUGUCAAAGGAGGGCCCACCCCCCAGGUGCCAGUCAGCCCGGAAACAACUUUCCCCCAACCGGAGACUCCAUAUCCUCAACCGGAAGAGACCACCGAGACUGUCAAAGGAGGGCCUACCCCCCAGGUGCCAGUCAGCCCGGAAACAACUUUCCCCCAACCGGAGACUCCAUAUCCUCAACCGGAAGAGACCACCGAGACUGUCAAAGGAGGGCCUACCCCCCAGGUGCCAGUCAGCCCGGAAACAACUUUCCCCCAACCGGAGACUCCAUAUCCUCAACCGGAAGAGACCACCGAGACUGUCAAAGGAGGGCCUACCCCCCAGGUGCCAGUCAGCCCGGAAACAACUUUCCCCCAACCGGAGACUCCAUAUCCUCAACCGGAAGAGACCACCGAGACUGUCAAAGGAGGGCCUACCCCCCAGGUGCCAGUCAGCCCGGAAACAACUUUCCCCCAACCGGAGACUCCAUAUCCUCAACCGGAAGAGACCACCGAGACUGUCAAAGGAGGGCCUACCCCCCAGGUGCCAGUCAGCCCGGAAACAACUUUCCCCCAACCGGAGACUCCAUAUCCUCAACCGGAAGAGACCACCGAGACUGUCAAAGGAGGGCCUACCCCCCAGGUGCCAGUCAGCCCGGAAACAACUUUCCCCCAACCGGAGACUCCAUAUCCUCAACCGGAAGAGACCACCGAGACUGUCAAAGGAGGUAAAGAUGGAACCAGAAAUGUUCAGUCGAAGCUCAUGAUGAGUACCAGCCAGAAAAGAGGACAGAUCACCAAGCUGAAACCAAGACCUCUUGGCUUAAAAGAAGGACUGACCGAGAUGUACCAGGGGGAGCUGCUCUGUGACGUCACGCUGGUGGCCGAUGGACAGAGAUUUCCUUGCCACAGAGCCUUGCUGGCAGCCGUGAGUCCUUAUUUCCGGGACGUCUUCGUCCAAGGUGGGAAAGAGCUGGAGGGGUCGGAGGUCCAGCUGGAGAACGUCCCUCCGUCCCUCCUGCAAAACAUCCUGAAGUACAUCUACACGGAAGAGCUCGCACUCACGGCCGAUCUGGCUCCGUCGCUCUUCACCGGAGCCAGCCAGCUGCAGAUCAUCCCCUUGGAGACCGUCUGCUGCAGGUUCCUGGUGGCCAAUCUCUCGGUCCAGAACUGCUUUGAGAUGUAUUCCUUAGCCCAGGUGCACCACAGCAAGCCUCUCCUCCACGCGGUCCUUCAGCUCCUGAUCCGGAAUUUUGAGCAGACGUUCGAAGGGGACAAUUUCCUCCGACUGGAUCCCAACGACCUCACCGCCAUCAUCUCCGACGACGGGCUCGAAGUGGCUUCCGAGCUGAAGGUCUAUCAGGCGGUACGGCGGUGGGUGCAGGGCGAGGCCAGCCAGCGCCGACACUUCCUCGGACAUCUUCUGCAACAAAUCCGCUUCCCCCUCUUGGGUCCCGAGGAGCAAGACAUCCUCCGGGAAGAUCUGCUGAAAUGGGACGAUUUCGGUCUCGAACGGAAAGUUAUGGACGGCCCAGAACGGUUGCGAGAAAGCUGCGGGCUGCGCCAAGGCAUGUACAAGCCGCACAUCCUCUGCAUCGACACCCAGAUGUGCGAGUAUCAGCAGCUGGAGAGCGAAGAGGCCCAUGUGAGCUGCUACGAGCCGCAGGCCGAAGUCUGGGAGAAACUCCCCGGCAUGCAAUCGUUGACCCACGCUUGCUGUACCUCCAACGGAGACAAGGUCUAUCUCUCGGGAGGCGUCCACAAGAACGCGUACUCCAACGCCGUCUACGAAUUCGAUGCCUUCACCAACCAGUGGCGGCAGCUCCCGGCCAUGGCGGUGCCCCGGGCGGCCCACGGCUUCGUGUUCGACCGCCAAAAACUCUACGCCAUGGGGGGCUGGCGCAGAUUUCAGAGUUUCCUAAACCUGGCCGAGAUCCUGGACCUCGACACGGGGAUCUGGACUCCGAUGGCCAAGUUGCCCUUCGCCCUGAGCCACCCGGCCUCCAGCGUGUUGCGGGAGAAGGUGUACCUCCUUGGAGGUGCCACCGGGGUCUCCAACCACUGGCUGUUCCACAAGGGAGUCUUGAUCUACGCGAUAGCUUCCAACACGUGGACACAGGUCCCUCUGGCGACGGGCUUCUUCGCGGCGGGCGCUGUGGCUACCGAGAACGGCAUCUACGUCAUUGGGGGUUACACCGAGAAGAAGAACGAGGAUUGGCAGGAGAGGGCCCUCGUGCCGGAGAACCGCCACAGCACCCGUAAAUGUUUCUUCGUCAACGAAUCCGGCAAGGUGAACCCCAACGUGGCCAUUCCCAAGCUGCGGCGAGGCCUGGCUAACGCUGCGGUGGUUCGCUGCGGCAAACGGAUCUACGUGUUGGGCGGAGAAGAUCUCUCCCAGCGGUACAAAGUGAUCUAUCACUGGCAGCCGGGCGAGUCCCGCUGGCACAGGGCCAGCGCCGAAAUCCCGGUGCCGCGAGAAGGCAUCAGCAGAUUUGGGUGCGCGACGCUGUUGAGACCCAAGCCUCACAUCCUCCAACUCUUCCAAGUGACGUCGGUGGUCAUUGUGUCGGCGAUCGCCAAAUCGUAG